AUGGACAUCACGAAGAUGACCAAGAUGGGCUGGCCUCCUUUUCUCCAAGCCAUGAACAGCACUGCCCAACCACUAAACGCUUCUUCACCAUUCCCUGGAAUAAUGGACACUUUUCUUGUAUCCGCAGGCCAAGCAUCGCCUCUACUCCAGCUCUUCCUAUUCGUCUACCGCUUCGUGGGCGCUCAGCUGGGUCUUGACCCAUCUCUCCUCCUCACCCUCCUCGGUUGUCUCUGGGGCUUGUCUAAACUCUUCGAUCAAGUAUAUGCAACGAUCGAUGGCUUCCUUCACACCUAUUUCAGGUGUACCAUAUUCGUUAGCGAGAAUGAUCAGAUCUAUUCUACGCUCAUGCAGUUCCUGUCAGAGCAGCAGGACAUUGCGACUAAUCGUCAUCUUACUGCACAGACUGUUUUUAAGAGUGCUUGGGAUGAGGAGGAGGAUUCAGCAGAUGUUUUGGCCACAAACACGGUCGAAGAUGGUGAAGAUUCGCCCAAGUAUCUCAACUUUGCCAGCGACGCAGCUAGAUGUAACCCACGAUAUGUCCCAGCUAUGGGUACGACAGGGUUCUGGCACAAUAGGACGUACUUUCGAGUCAACCGCAAAAGAGAAUCUCUGCAAAGCACCAACGGUUGGGGAGGGACCAAGGAUGUUGAGGAGCUCAGAGUAUCUUGCUUCGGCAGGUCUAUUGACCCUAUUAAGCAACUUCUAGCGGAUGCCAAAACAGCCUAUUUCCUCGAUACUCGCCACAAGACCACUAUCUAUCGCCCUAGAAUAAAAGAAAGCCGUCGCGAUGCAUGGAGCAUGUGGCAGCAAGUUGCUCGAAGACCCAUCAGACCAAUGAGAACUGUGAUUCUCGAGCAUGAAGAGAAGCACGACGUAUUGCGAGACAUCAAUGAGUAUUUGCACCCCGGAACUCCCAAGUGGUAUGCUUCUCGAGGCAUUCCUCUUCGUCGAGGCUACCUCUUCCACGGACCACCUGGUACCGGCAAGACAAGUUUCUCGUUUGCAUUGGCUGGUGUUUUUGGCAUCGAUAUCUAUGUCAUAAGCCUUCAAGACCCUACUGUCAGCGAAGAGGAUCUGGCCGUCUUGUUCACGAGACUUCCUCGUCGUUGUGUUGUUCUUUUAGAAGACAUCGACACCGCUGGUCUUCGUCGUCCCAACGAUGAAGAAGACGAGGAAGAGAAUGAAGACGGUACUGGAGAAAAGACCGGUGAGGCCAAGGCCAAAAAGACAGAAAAACUGGAAAAGAAAGAAAAGAAGAAAUCCAAAAAGGCAAAAGAAUCCUCCAGCAGCGAUACAGACAGCUCUGAGGAGGACAGAAAGAGACGCAGAAAGCGGAGACGAAACAGAAGAGACAGAGAGAAUACUAGCAACAGGGGUACUAAUAACAUCUUGACUGUGGAAAGUAUUUCACUUUCUGGACUUCUCAACGCCAUCGACGGUGUUGCUUCGCAUGAAGGUCGCAUCCUCAUCAUGACAACCAACAAGCCCGAGUCACUCGACGAGGCUCUCAUACGACCAGGACGAGUCGAUGUUCAGGUUGGGUUCAAGAACGCAACCAGCGCGCAGGCAUCAGAGCUCUUUUACCGAAUGUACGAGAUGUCACGUACAAAGCCGGUUCCCAUGUCCAAGACCAAACCUAUUGCGCCGAAGGCACAGAAUGGCAGUAUUCACAGUCUCGUGGAUAACAAGGGCAAAGAGACGACUCUGUCGAUUGAUGAACUCAAGACGACCUCGCAGGAGUUUGGACAACUUAUCCCAGAGGGUAUGUUCUCGCCUGCGGAGAUUCAGGGAUUCUUGCUCAAGCGCAAGAAGAGUCCUCGAAAGGCGCUUGAGGAUGCUUCUGUUUGGAUUGAGGCUACUGUUAAGCAGAAGGAGCUCAAAUCCAAGCUCGGUCAGCAGCUCAGGUCUCCACAUAUGUCACCUCCCUCUACCUUACCCUCCAGACAAGCCCACGUUUACACGUGCGACAACGAAUCUCCAAGCACGACAACCACGCCAGAUCUCUCCCGCCUACGAGCUUAUACGAACCCCUUCAAAGCAAUUCAGAAGCUGCGAAAUGCUCCAGCGACAGCCUCACAGCCCAUCAUGAGCAACCUCCAACCCCCCAACACCGUGGCGCCAACGCCUACACCAAGCGGCAACAAAGACCCUGGCCUGCGAUAUCCCAGCAAUGGGAAGAAUAUCUACAGUCGCCCGUUGAAUAGGACCAAGACGGCUGAGCUUAGCCAGGCGAGCUUUGCGUAUCUGUUUGGCGAGAUGGUGACGUAUGCGCAGAGAAGGGUCAAGGGCAUUCAGGAGCUUGAACAGCGACUUAAUCUUCAAGGCCACUCCAUCGGUCUAAAACUCCUCGACCUUCUCCUCUUCCGCGAACCAGCGCGUACACAGACUCGACCGCUAGGCAUCAUCGCCCUCCUCCACUUUAUAAAGCAAAAUAUCUGGCAGCACCUCUUCGGCCGUCAAGCAGACCGACUCGAAAAAUCUGCCAACCCCGAAACACCAGAUGAAUACAUGAUCAUCGACAACGAGCCCCUCGUCAACCAAUAUAUCAGCGUGCCCAAAGAAAUGAGCCAGCUUAACUGCGCUGCGUACGUAGCCGGUAUUGUAGAAGGUGUCUGCGACGGCGCUGAUUUCCCAGCGAGAGUUACGGCGCAUACGGUUGCGGAGGGUGAUAUGUGGCCUGGCAAGACGGUCUUCCUUGUUAAGUUCAGACCGGAGGUUUUGGAGAGGGAGGGAUUCUUGGGGAAGAAUUAG